AUGUCUAGUCAAUUUCACGACGAGAACAAGGACCCAAAAGUCUACGACCGCUCUGAUGACGAGAAGUCCAUCGUCAACGAGAAGGACGCGGAGGCCCAGUCCGUCGUCAGCGAGGAAGCUCAGGAUGGCCUCAAAAAGGUCGAGGCGAUUACGGCCGUAUGGAGCAACAACGCGAUCAUAACCGCGUAUGGCUGUAUUUUCCUCGUCUACUUCGUCAACUCUCUGCAACAGCAGACGAACAACAAUCUUACGGCAUACGUGACGAGUUCGUUCGCAUCUCAUCCUCUGGUCGCUACAACUUCCAUCGUGUCGUCCAUCGUCGGAGGUGUCACUCGGCUUCCCAUCGCCAAGAUGCUCGACGUGUGGGGUCGCGCGGAAGGCUUCCUUGUGAUGACCGUGAUCGCUACCAUCGGCAGGUGUCUGAUUAUGAUGGCGGCCUGCAAGAACGUAGAGACUUACGCGGCUGCUCAAGUCUUCUACUGGGUCGGCAUGAACGGCAUGAACGGCGUCCUCGAUAUCUUCAUCGCCGACACGUCCAAACUCAAGAAUCGAGGUCUCAUGUGGGGAUUUGCUUCGACUCCGUACAUCGCUACCACGUUUGCUGGACCGGCCAUCGCGCAGAGGUUUCUGGAUCACAGUUCCUGGCAGUGGUCAUUUGGCGCGUUCUCUAUCAUCACGCCGGCCAUCGCGAUGCCCAUCGCCAGUCUCCUUCUGUGGCACCAGCGCAAGGCCAUCAAGCUCGGUAUCUUGAAGCGCGAACAAACGAAGAGAACCCUGACCGAAUCGAUCAAGCACUUCUGUAUCGAGUGGGAUGUCUUCGGCAUGAUUCUCAUUUGCGCCGGGUGGUCGCUCUUCCUACUACCCUUCAGUCUCGCAACCUCCCAGGCGAACAAGUGGCAGAGCGGCAACAUCAUCGCUAUGAUUGUCGUCGGUGGCCUCUGCAUCAUUGCGUUCGCCAUCUAUGAGAGGUAUUGGUCCCCGAAGUCGUUCAUACCUUUCGAUCUCCUCAAGGACAGGACGGUCGCUGGGGCCUGCCUCCUUGCAGGUAUACUCUUUUUCGGCUUCUACUGUUGGGAUGGCUACUUCUAUUCCUACCUUCAAGUUGUUUGGGGCCUUAGCGUCAAGGAUGCCGGCUAUGUGAGCAACACGUACAGCAUCGGCUCCUGCUUCUGGUCCGUUGUCGUCGGAUACGUUAUCCGCCGUACCGGCCGUUUCAAGCACAUUGCGCUUGCGGCGGUUCCGCUCAACAUCUUGGGUGCCGGUCUGAUGAUCCACUUCCGUCAGCCAGACGUGCGCAUUGGCUAUGUCGUCAUGUGCCAAAUCUUCAUUGCCUUCGCAGGCGGAACGCUCGUGAUAUGCGAGGAGAUCGCCGUCAUGGCCGCGGACUCUGCUAGUCACAGCACGUAUGCCGUAUCCCUCGCACUCCUCACGCUCGCCUCCGACGUCGGUGGUGCAAUCGGCUCUUCGGUAUCUGGCGCGAUCUGGACCAACACAUUCCCUAAGGCGCUACGCGACGCUCUUCCCGCUAGCGAAAAGAACCUUACGGAUUCUAUCUAUGCCAGCAUCGUCACGCAGCUGUCGUAUCCAUUCGGCUCACCGGAGCGCGACGCCAUCAACCAUGCGUAUGGUGUUGCCCAAAAGCAGAUGUGCAUUGCUGCCACUGUCGUCCUUGUUGGUGCAGUUGGUGCCGUCCUCAUGUGGCGCGACAUUCGUUUGCACGAUAUCAAGGCAAAAGGGCGAGUCGUCUAAUCCGACACCCGCAGUAUGAUGUCUUUUGGCAACACACCCAUUAUCGAUUAAUAUUGAUUACUUGGAGUCUCUCAUAUAAUGACAUAAUCAGUUUAACCGUAAUGGCGAUCACCCAAGUACAAUGUAAAAGAUGAAGCGUAACGAAUGACAUAAUUAC